UUGAAAUGCAGAUGAAGGAAAGGUGAAAGGGAAAAGAUUUUGACCUCUCCACACUGAUUGAUUAAUAAGUCAUCCCUGCAGUUUAAUUGAGAUCCAUUCAAUUGGGAAGGUGGAGCACUUGAAUGAAUUAACAUAUUCCUUUCGCCCCUCAAUCUGUGUUGAAGUGUCUUUGAAAGGGGCAAGGAAAGGGGGUCGUGGCUUAACAUUAUAAAGGAAAAAAUAAGACAGCAUUGCCGUCUUGGUUGGUGUUGAAUACGCGUCUUGACAGGCUUUUGUAAAAGCAAAAGACCGGGAAAGAUCUCCAAAGACGAGCGCUAUUUAGUAUUUUGAAAUCAUCAAAUCCCCUAUCCUUUGACAAAAAAUCUCUUCUCUCCACUUGAAAAUGAAACUUUUGCCCAUUUGCACUUGGCUCCUUUGCCUUUUGCUUUUUAUCGUGUGCUUGGGAUCUGAGUGUGGGACUCCACGGCGAAUUGAAAUGUCUAAAAGGGACAUGGUACGCAUCAGGGAAGCCAGAAGUACCUUCCUAGGACCUUGUGCCACACGCCUGCCUCGGGGCAAACGCUCACCUCCCGGGAUAGAUCGGCACUCCCCGCGCCUGUCACAGGCGGGGGAAAGCAGCCCAGGUCGGCGGAGGGCUGUUUACUUUACCGGUCGAGGAGACCAACUGCGUCUGAAGCCCAAUGCAGAGGUGCCAAGGGGAAAUUUCACCCUGGAAAUGUGGAUAAAACCUGAGGGUGGGCAGCGCUCUCCAGCUGUUAUCGGAGGUCUCUUUGAUAAAUGCUUCUACGCAUCCAGCGAUAGAGGGUGGUUAUUUGGCAUCAAAGCAUUCAGCGACCAAGCAAACCGCGACCCUCGCUUCUUCUUCUCCCUCAAAACGGACCGAGCCCACAAGCUCACCACGAUCACCUCCAAUGCACCCUACACUCCCAAUCAAUGGUCACACUUGGCCGUCACCUACAACGGUCUCUUUAUGAAGCUGUACAUAAACGGGGCACAGGUUGCUGUAAGCCGAGACCAAUCUGGGGAGAUUUUCAGCCCACUUACCAAGAAGUGCAAGGUGCUAAUGAUCGGUGGCAAUGCCUUAAAUCACAACUACAGGGGUACGAUGGAACACUUGAGCUUGUGGCACCGGGCUCUGAGCCAGCGUGAGAUCAUCAGAUACAUGGGUCACAGUUUGGGUCAGUUUGGUGACCUCUCUCAGCUGGUCAUUCAUGAGAACUUUGAGAACAUGUCAAGACGGUGGCUGACAGUGAAAGAUGGCAGCUUCCCCCGGUUGGAGGACUCAGACAGGAACCUGGCGGCUGUCCUCAGUGAUGCUGCCCUGAAACCUCCACCUUGUGGACAGACUGUAUGUGACAAUGUGGAGGUAAUUACAAACUAUUACCAGCUCUGGAGCUUCCGCAAACCCAAGACGGUGCGCUAUCGAGUGAUAAACAUUUAUGACGAUGAUGGACGGUGGCCGACGAUUACAGACCACCAGAUCAACCUUCAGCACCAGCACUUGAACAACGCUUUCCGCAUCUACAACAUUUCCUGGGAGCGCACCGUUCACAAUGUCUACAACUCGUCCUUACGGAACCGCCUAAUACUGGCCAACUGUGAUAUCAGCAAAGUAGGCGAUGAAGUGUGCGAUCCAGAAUGUAACCACAUGCUUACUGGCUUCGAUGCCGGAUACUGUAAGAGGCAGAGCACACACUGCCCCGAAUACAAGCAGGGGAACGGGGUUUGUGACCCAGAGUGUAACUGGGACAACUUCUAUUAUGAUCAUGGGGACUGCUGUAACCCCAACAUCACUGAUGUCACCAAGACCUGCUUUAAUCCUGCGUCACCCCACAGGGCCUACAUGAAUGUGAAGGAGCUGAAAGAGGUUUUGAAUUUGGAUGGAUCUACACACUUGAACAUCUUCUUUGCUAACUCUUCUGAUGAAGACAUGGCUGGCGUGGGCACUUGGCCCUGGGAUAAAGAAGCUUUAACGCAUUUAGGUGGGAUUGUUUUAAACCCUUCAUUUUAUGGUACAUUUGGCCACACUCACACCAUGAUCCAUGAGAUUGGCCACAGCCUUGGACUGUACCAUGUCUUCAGGGGAAUCUCAGAGGUGGAGUCCUGUAAUGAUGCCUGCUUAGAGACUGAGCCUUCUCUUGAGACAGGAGAUCUGUGUGUAGAUACCAAUCCCACACCCAAGUACAAGUACUGUAGAGAUCCUGAGCCAGGCAACGACACCUGCGGCAGACGUCAUUUCAUAAACACCCCCUUCAACAAUUACAUGAGCUAUGCUGAUGAUGGCUGCACAGAUUCCUUCACGCUGAACCAGGUGGCCCGGAUGCACUGUUACCUGGAUCUGAUCUACCAGUCUUGGAGACCUGGAAGCAAACCAGCUCCUGUUCCUUUAACUCCACGAGUUACGGCCCAGGAUCAAGAGUCUGUUACACUAGAGUGGUUCCCUGCCCUCACCGGCCAUUACUCAGACAGAGAAGUGGGAUCAGUUUGUGACAGAUGUACUGAAGUUGGGGUGCUCCUGCAGUAUGCCUCAAACUCCUCUUCUCCCAGACCUUGUGCUCCCUCUGGCUACUGGAGCCCUCGUGAAGCAGAAGGUCCACCAGAUGUAGAGCAGGCCUGUGAAGCGAGCGUCAGCACUUGGAGCCCCAACGCUGGUCUAGACUCAAGUAGUGUUGGUUCAGCGAUGUGCCCACCCCAGGGCUGUAUGCUGCAGCUGGAGUUUGCCUAUCCACUGGUGCCUGACUCCCUCACAGUUUGGGUCACCUUCUUCUCUCCGGAGGAGACUGGACUUCCUGCAGUUCACGACAUCCUUUUGCUGACCCUCAGUGGCAACAACAUCUCACUGGGUCCACAGUAUGUGUUCUGUGACACACCAUUGACGCUCAAACUUAAUGUGAAGGAGGAGGUGUAUGGGGUGCAGUUCUUCACCAUGGAGCAGCACUUGGAAAUCGAUGCCACAUUGCUUACCUCAAAACCAGACAAUCCCCUGUGCCGGUCGUGUCAUCCUCUACGCUAUAGACUGAUUCGUCAGCCACCAUUCACACAUUCACCACAUGGGCUGAUCCUUCAGGAACCCACUCUGAGAUAUGUGGACAGGGACAUAAAGCCUGAUGAGACAUACACCUACCACGUGCUGACAGUGUCUAGAAGAGCAGAGAGUGAACCAUCUCCUCCUCUCUCUCACCAGCUGGGCUCCCCCUACUGUGGAGAUGGACUCAUCCAAAAAUAUCUUGGAGAGCAAUGUGAUGACAUGAACUUCGCUAAUGGAGAUGGCUGCUCAAAUCAGUGCAAGAAAGAGCCGUUGUUCAACUGUGUUGAUGAGCCCAGCUUGUGUUACGUCUACGACGGUGAUGGUGUGUGUGAGGACUUUGAGCGGGAGGCGAGCGUAAGGGACUGUGGCCUCUUCACCCCGAGCGGCUUCCUGGAUCAGUGGGCCACUGCGGUGCAGGUGUCCAAUGAGGAGAAGAUACACUGUCCAGCGGAGGUGGCUGCUGGAUAUCCUGCAGUGACAAAGAGCUGUCAGUCGAAGGUGUUCGACCUGUCACAUGGCGUGUCUCAGUACGCUUGGUUUCCUUGUGAGGAGUCUCAGCAGCACGGCUGGACUUCACGAUUUUGGCUGAAGGCCUAUUACGCCCAUCCUAUGGUGGCUGCCGCAGUCAUCAUACAUCUGGCUGCUGACGGAACAGCCGACAUCGACCAGAGACAACACAACAUUACUGUUCAGCUGCUGGACACUAAGGAGCAAACCCACCCUCUCGGGGACUGGAGGCUGAGCUGCCGGAACAAUCCACUGGUAAUUCCUGUGAGUCAUGACCUGAGUGUGGCCUUCUACCGGACAAAAGCCAUUAUAGUGAGCUUCAGCUCUUCUCUGGUGGCCAUCUCAGGUGUUGGGCUGCGUUCCUUUCAAUAUUUUGACCCCAUCACUAUCAGCGGCUGCCAGAGCAAUGAAAUCUACAACCCCAUGGGCCAAAGUUGUGUUCAUUACUCGUGUGACGCCACUGAAUGUCAGAAGCCUUUGGUCAGUAAUGCGGAGAUGAAGUGCAGUAGUCCUGGAUACUUCAACGGAGCUCGCUGCACCAUCACCUGCAACCGAGGAUAUACACUGAAGAUACACCGAGAUGAUGAUAUCAUUAAAACACAGUCUGAAUCCACAGUGACCCUCACCUGCGCAGAUGGGAAAUGGAACAAGCAGGUGACCUGUGAACCUGUGGACUGCGGGCGCCCUGACAAGUACCACGUGCACCCGGCUGUCUUUGAAUUCUCUGAGGGAACCACCUACGGCAAGAAGUGCACUUUUCAAUGCCGGGAACCGGCUCAGCUUGUGGGUAGUAAUAACGAGCUGACGUGUAUGGAGGAUGGCAUGUGGUCCUUCCCUGAGGCUCUUUGUGAGCUUCGCUGUCCAGUCCCUCCUCCAGUACCUAACGCUGUCCUGCAGACCAAACGCUGCAAUGCCACAGGCCUCAAAGUUGGGUCUUUCUGCAAGUACAAAUGCAAGCCUGGCUACCAUGUUCCCCAUACAGACAAGACCCAGAGGUCAGUGCCUGUGAUGUACCACAGGCGUGCAUUUAAGCGGCAGUGUACGGAGGAUGGAACCUGGCAGUCGGGUGAGUGUGUGGCAGUCACAUGUGAGCCACCUCCUCCCAUUUUCCAUGGUACCUACAAGUGCACAAAUGGCUUUCAGUUCAACAGCGACUGCUGGAUCGACUGCAACAGGGCUAACCACACGGUGAGACAGCACAGCCGCUGCAAGCAGGUUCCUUCCACCAACGUGAUCCAAUGCAGAAAGGACGGGAACUGGACCGGUUCCUUUCGUCUCUGCCCCAACCUGACAGGCCAGUGUUCCCUUCCACAGAAUCUCAGCCCAACUAUCCAUCUCAACUGCAAGGAUGGAUAUGACAUAGGAAAGGUGUGUGAGGUGGCCUGUAGAGAUGCUAGCAGCAGUGUGGUCCUCCUGCCCAGCAACAUGAGCAAUGCAGCUGUGAUGAAAGACCACUGGUGGAACCCACCCAAAGUUAAGAACAUUGUAUGCACUAUGGGACUAAAGUGGUACCCUAUCCCAGAGGCCCUCCACUGCAUAAAGGGAUGCGAACCGUUCAUGGGUGAUAAUUACUGCGACGCCAUCAACAACCGAGCAUUCUGCAACUAUGAUGGGGGAGACUGUUGCCAUUCUACUGUUAAAACCAAAAAGGUGAUUCCAUUCCCUAUGUCGUGUGACAUUCGAGAGGACUGUGCAUGUCGAGACCCCGACGCCCAGGAGAACAACAAAGGAGUCCGCCACAGGUCCAUUGGCUGAGCUUGGUACCCCCUGUGGCACCCAGGGGGCCUGCUGGGUAACCAUUUCUUCUCUACAUGCUGCUUACAAGAGGGCCUUCCCACUCACACCGCACUCCAACAUGCCCUCGUUUCCUCAUCAAACCUCGACAAUUUAAGAGUGUACGACACUCAAAAACAAAUAACCAACCAAACACAUCAACAACAGGUUUCGCAAAGGACAAGAAGUGGAAGUUUUAUGAAUGACUUCUGGCAAUAGCAACCAUAGAUGUCAUCAACCUAAAGCUCAAACCAGCCUGGGCUGACGGUUUUGUUGUUUUAUGUUUGCUUUCAUUGAUCAUUAUUUGUAAAGCGCAACCAUGGCAAUGUUGUUUUUAUGUAGAGCCAGAGGAAUAAGGGAGGAAAGGGAAAAAAUGCAGCUGUUAAUGUUUGACUGCAGUCAGAAAAUGGGACGAUUCCAAUCGAGUCAAAUUGCAAGACUUCCAAACUAAAGCAAAUCGGUGAAUGAGAGGACCUCUGAUGCUUCCACGAUGCCCCUUAACACCUGACCUCCGAGACCGUCUCGAUGACACUUUAGCCAUACGCUGUGUCCUCUCAAAUCAAGUGUUCUCCGUCUUCUUAUAUUAACCAUUUCAGAUAUCAAAGAGGAAAUAGAUACAAAUGGACCCUAACAUCAAAUCCCAAUCUGUGUCACACGAAUGGCUUGCACUCCUCUGCAUGUUUGAGCUGCUCGUACUCACUUGGAAAAAAAAAAUCUGGCUGACAACCUCAGCGCCUGUAUGAAACAUCGAGGGAUGAUGGGAAUGUUUCACAGCGCAUAGGAAGAUGUACGAGUGCAGCUGCUGUGGCCCUAAAUCACAAAAUCCUGUAUAUCAGCAAGAAAUGCACAAAUCUGAUGCCGAAAAAUCAUCAGAGGAGGUGUUGAUCCAGUGAGUUACAUCCAGAGAGAGAGAGAGCUUGUGAAAGAAGCUGUGUUAGCACAGCUGUUGCUGCUAGUUAUGCUGCCAUGGCAAUGCAGCCAAUUCUGUCUAUGGACAAUUUGUAGCUUAGUCUGCCAUAGAUUUUACCUCUGGUCAAAAUGCAGUUAUGUCAACUUUACAGGAAUAUAUAUAUUCAUAUAAACGCAUUCUAUAUACACAUUUAUAUAUUCAUAUAAACAGCUUUAUACGUGUAGAUAUGCCAACAGGUUCCCCUCUGCAGAAAAAAGGCUGUUUUGUUUGGGCUGUCAAAGUUCACACACUAAUUGACUUAAUGGUUUCAGUCUGUUCUGUGUGAUUUUCCGAAAAGUGAUCUGAGCUGAACAUUCAGAGCUCAUUGAAAUGGAUUGCGCACCCGUGUUGCUAUCAGUAAAUGAAGAAAGAUGUUCUUUACAGAUGACUUAUUUAUAAAUCAAUCCCUGAUGGGACGUAUUUCCUGCCUGCGUGUUUGAUAGCUAUGAUUAAUGUUAAUAAUUAGAUUCACUACAGAAUUUCUUUUUGAAACGAGUAAAAAUGAACGCGUCUGGUGUCAUAUAUAUAUAUAGACAUAUCAUCUACAGUACAUCAAUUGCCACGCUCAAAUACACAUAUUCCCCGAAACUGAUUGUGUUAAUGCCGUGCAUUAGAACUAUGAAACAGAUUAUGAGAUUAAUCAUUUUCAUAGAUUGAUAGCCCUUUUAGAGACUCAGUAGCCAAUGAGAUCACUGACUAAAAGAGAAAUACAAUUAUAUACACGCUGACACAGCAUAUCCCGGACACAAUUAAUUACUCAUAUAAAAUGUGCAGUCAGUCAGCGUUUCCUUGUUGAUGAAGAAUAGCUGAAGGGUAUUCAGGACAAUAACAUAUUUUAUUAGAAGCCAUGUGUCCAUAAAAAAAAA